AUGUCCUCAAUACCUAUUAGAUACUUUUUAAUAUUGAUUCAUUGUUCAUUAUCUUUGGUAGGCUUACUGCUUUGUGGUUUAUCUCUAAAAUUUGAAUGGGCAUCUAUAAAUCAAUGCACAUAUAUAUUCGAAUGGCUGAGUGGCAAAGGAACACUCUUCAUUGAUGAGUUCAAUGGAGUUUUUGGUAAUUUGCCAUUCGAUUUCGAUUUAGGAGAUAAUCAUUGGAUGAUACCGAUUCCCAAGUUUCCUGGUGGUGGUGCUCAGUCGUUUAUUGACUCUGACCAAGUGCGAACCUAUAUAAUCAAACAAUUUGCGCUGAUGUUGGUUGGAAUUGGUCUACUAGCACUAUCUAUAUUCCCAUUUGGCACUGUACUAUACAAACGACUACCCUAUGCCCGAGUUCUCUUUGCUCUGCCUCUCGCAUUCGUUGUGGCAUCGGUCACUAUCUUUCAAUAUCAAGUUGUACCAUGGUUUAAAAACAAUCUCUAUUGUAAUGUAGAGCAAGAUGGACUUGGUUUAACACUUUCAUAUAUUGCUAUGGCGGCAAUCUGUACAAAUAUUAUCAUACUCAUCUUUGUAUCACUCUAUUUACAUCAAAAACGAAAAAAGAUUAAAGAGGAUUCAUAUUUAUUAUCAAAAUAG